CUCCCCCCUUUUUUCAAGAGUGAAUAAGAAGGGAACCCAGAGACUGAGAGACUCGGAGUCAAAAGACGCUCAUCCACCCCUGCAAUGCCCAGUAGUACCCCAAGCACCAACGGAAUCAUGCCUGAAGCAAAGAACGCAGGAAGAAAAGGAUCAAGAGCAGAAGCAAAUCCUGCAGCAAAGGCACCACCGUAUGAGCCCAACAUCACCGAGCCCAAUACUAGAGCUGAGCUGAUGAAGUACUGGAUAAAUCUUUCUCUGGAUGAUAGAACUGCUCAGAAAAUGUUGUGGCUCUCAGAAGGUGGGGCCAAAGUGUCACGUAUGUCAGAGGAAGUGUGUCCUGUUCUGGACAGAUCAGAGAGAUAUGAACAUUCACCACAGGUGCUGUGUAAGGAGGGUCUUCUGGGCAAUCGUGGGUACUGGGAGGUGGAAUGUGAGGGCUGGGUGGUGAUCGGGGCAGCGUGUGAAAGCGCAGGGAGAAAAGCUAAGGAUGGCCCGUGUGGCCUGGGAGAGAAUGACCUGUCAUGGGGUGUUGGCUGGGCCGGAUCCUGCUACCAUGUCUGGCACAAUGGAGAGAACAUAGAAUUCCAGGCUCCUCUCUGCCCCGUCAUCGGCAUCUAUGCUGACCAGCCAGCUGGCAUCAUCAAGUUUUACCUUGUUGAAGAGGGAGAGAACGGCUCCAAGGAGGUUAAACUGGUUCAUCGAUUUACAGCCAAAUUAAAUGAGAAGCUCUUCCCUGGUUUCUGGGUGGGCAGGAACUCCUACUGCUGGAUCCGAAAGAAGGACCAGUAAAGGGGGGAAUACCUGAAGAGAAGGAGGGGUUGGAAGAAUUAUUGUAGUUAGAUACCUUUUUUUCCUGUUGGUAAGGGUGAUGUAAGGAAAAGAAGAGGAUAGCUAUGCAGGAAAAUGUUAUUGGUAGGGAGUCAGAAGCACAAAAAAAAGGUCACUAACUACAAUAAUGAAAUGAAACUGUAAAUGGAGACUUGCAUUCUAAACCUGAAUCUGCCUUUGUUACAAACCACUAGGUUGGUUCAAAAGUGUGCAUCCUCAUAAUAUAUUAUUUUAACCAGUAAUUUAAUUGGUGUAGCAUUAAUCUUUAUACUAAUGAUUUUGAAUAGUCACUGUUUUCAUUUUAUAUUCCAUGUGAUGACAAAUGCAGAUACUGUAGUGAAUAUUUAUUUCUGUGCACUAAUAAACCAGUGCAAAAUAAUAAUAAUUUGUGUUCUA